UUACCCGGUGCGCUCGCGUUGGCCCUCCGGCUCCCUGGAAUUGUGAUCAGCUGGCGAGGGAGAGCCCGAGACAAGUCCAUCCCUUUCAAGUUUGGGCUCUCGGUCUCUGACUUCAUUCCAUUUUCUCCUGCACUUGAUGGCCUUGCAGAAUAAAUGCGUAGUCCUGAGCCCUCCAGCGAUCAGUUUGUGGGAAAACACUCAGGAGGCAGCGCUGUCCAAAGCAGCGGUUAGGGUGGUGGCGUCCCCGGGAGGGUCAGCCCGAGCUCGACAGGUACAGCCGUGUAUAGACUUCCAGCUGAACUCUCAUCUCUCAACACUGGCAAAUAUUCAUAAGAUCUACCACACCCUUAAUAAGCUAAAUCUAACAGAAGACGUUGGCCAAGACGAUCACCAAACAGGAAGCCUACGGUCUUGCAGUUCUUCGGACUGCUUUAGUAAAGUGAUGCCCCCAAGGAAAAAGAGAAGACCUGCCUCUGGAGAUGACCUAUCUGCCAAGAAGAGUAGACACGAUAGCAUGUAUCGAAAAUAUGAUUCAGCUAGAAUUAAAACUGAAGAAGAGGCCUUCUCAAGUAAGCGGUGCUUGGAGUGGUUCUAUGAAUAUGCAGGUACUGAAGAUGUUGUAGGUCCUGAAGGAAUGGAGAAAUUUUGUGAAGACAUUGGUGUAGAACCUGAGAACGUAGUUAUGCUUGUCCUAGCUUGGAAAUUGGAUGCACAAAACAUGGGUUAUUUUACUCUGCAAGAAUGGUUAACGGGAAUGACUUCUUUACAAUGUGACACAACAGAAAAACUCAGAAAUUCUUUGGAUUGCUUGAGAUCAUUAUUAAAUGAUUCUACAAACUUUAAGCUUAUUUAUAGAUACGCAUUUGACUUUGCACGGGAAAAGGACCAGCGCAGCCUAGACAUAAACACUGCCAAGUGCAUGUUGGGACUGUUAUUAGGAAAAAUCUGGCCUCUUUUUCCAGUUUUUCACCAGUUCUUGGAGCAAUCAAAAUAUAAAGUGAUUAACAAAGACCAGUGGUGCAAUGUGCUUGAAUUCAGCAGAACAAUUAAUCUUGACCUCAGCAACUACGACGAAGAUGGAGCAUGGCCAGUCUUGUUGGAUGAGUUUGUGGAGUGGUAUAAAGACAAACAGAUGUCCUAGGACUGUGUGCAUAGCAGCGAGAGAGUCACUGUUACUACAGUUAUGUCACCCAUUAGCCAUAAAUUGCUGUUUGUAUCAAAGCGCAUGCUGCUUUCUUGCACUGUCCCCCUUUGCAGGGGUGUUUUGGUGUUUGCUGUUGAAUGGGCCAGCUCUGCUUGCUGUGUAGCAUUGUUCUCUUGGAAGGCUGCUUUCCAGUUUGUAUUUACACUACAGAUUGGUGAAUUUGCCAAUGUCCUCACUGUGACUAUGUGUAUAUUGCUGUUUAAAUUUUGUAUAUGUGUAUAAAAAGCUUCACUUAGAGAUUAUUUCUGCAAAAAUGUAUUGUAAAAAUAAUUUUGUGGCAUAUUUCUAGUCCCUUUUUUCAAAUGAACCAGUUAUAUUUUAUUUGGUCUCAAAUGUAGCAUUUCAGAAAACAAGAUAAAGCAACUGUUACUGUGAGCAAAUGUUGCCAGAAUUAACCUUACUGUCUAAGAGGCCCAGUUCUGGAAGAGGAGGUAGAAGUGAUAACUUUUCAAUGGCUCAUGCCAAAUACCAUUUGUUUUACUUGGUAACAUUAGCGUUCUAAAGUGAUGAAAAUUGUAAUUAUUGACCGUGUAACAUGCCACAACUGAUUUUCACCAUGCAAGAUAAAGGGUUUCUGUUUUGUUUUGUUUUUUUUUUAUGUUAAAACUAUAGUAGCUUGAAUACAGGUACAAAUGAACAAAUUGAAAUUGCACCUUUUUAAAAAAAAAUUUGGGUUUAAAUUCUCAUAAACUUUCUUUAAUGUUUUUCUUUUUUGCCCUUUUGGACCCUUCCCUCCAGUGUUUGGUCUGCUGAUGUUCUGUAUGCCACUCGAACUAAAGUUUGUUUUGCUGCCUCCAUGAAAACAUACUGGCUUCCUGGCAAUUUAUAACUGCAGAGCACUUUUAGUUGUGGCUUGAAUCUUUUAGUUAGAUUUCACGGUGUCUAAUUUUCUAGUUUUUUGGAAGAGAAACUAUAAGUGAGAGGUGUUUUGUUUUGUUUUGUUUUCCUUGUUUAUUUCAUGCUAGGCUUUUCCUGGCAGCGUGUUCAUUGCAGGCAGUGGACACGAAACCACCAGCAUUGAGCUAACCCCGGUCAUACUCUAGGACCUUUCCUGGAGGGGCCACUUGUCAUUACCUGAAUCAUUUGUAUAGAAGAGUAAUAGUCAUUAUUUAUGUGUGUGAGGAAACAAGGAUGGUGUGUUUAGAUUUGUAUUUUAUGUCUUUUUUUUUUUUCUGCCUUGAGAAAAUGUAUAGAUUACAUGUUUUCACCCCACCUAUCUGGUGCUAUUGAAUGACUAACCUGGUCCCUAAAGUUUUGUGAACAUACAAAGGUCUAAUGAUUGAACCAAGUAUAGAGUUAAGGUGCAUUGAGCGAGUAAUUGCUGUGGUUGUGGGCAAUAUCCAUGCUUGACCGUGUAAUAAUGUGGAUUAUUGGCCAAAAAGUUUUUAGAUUAAAUGUGAACCUUUAAAUGACGUUAAAUGAGUAAAGCACACAGACGAUGCUACUCUUGACCAUUGUUUUACAGUUUCUUUGCAAAUGGUGUUCUGAUUUUCGUAUUAUUUUUCCCUAACUGAACCACCAAAGACAGAAAUCUUGUGUAUAUAGUGUGUGUGCAUAUACAAAAUCAUGAUAUGGUAGAAUGCAGCUAUUUCCUUUUUCCUCGGAACAAUAAGGUCUGGUUUGCUGUGAAAUAACCAGAAGUUUUAAAAACAGUAGUGAUUAAGCAUCCUUAGCCAUCCUUUGUUUUUAGUCUUGCUUUUAACCUUACAAAUUUAUAUCCGUUCGCAUAAAUUUAUGUCUGGAGAGAAAAGGAGAUGUCAGUGGUAACAGCAGCUCUUAAGACUGCCUCAGUGGAAGGCGGUAUUUGUUACUGCAGUGGGAAUUGGCCAUUGGCAGGUUUGAAUCUGUGAAGGAUUGAAUUAUUUUCAGAUGCACCCCAAUGAGAUGUUUAAAUAUCAUGCUUUACAGGCUACAGGUCUUAAAUUUGAUCAACCUCUGUUUUACUGAAAGCAAAUAUAAAUCAUAGAUGGAAUUCUUUUAAAUGUUAUGUUAGAAUCUGGAGAAUUUUUUAAACGCUAAGCACAGUUAAUCCUAAAAUAAAAAGAUUAUUCAAAGGGGGACAUGGUACAUUUCAUCCACAGCGAACUUUUUGAUAAGAGAAAAACCCAAGUAAAAACAAUUCUAGGAUUGAUACAUGAUAUGAAAGUAUUUCAGUGGGAUAAUCUUAUGUAUUUAAAAAACAAUCUCUAAACUACCUUCAGAAAUAAGCUUCUGUGACUGCUGCUUACAGAGAGCUUGCCCUUGGUUUUCUUCAUUUUACAUAUUUUAAGGGAGAGUAAUAUGACAUGUUUUCUUAAAAAUUUGCCCGAGUUACCCAAUACCAAACAAUUCGUCAAGCACUUAUUUGUAGGCUAAUGUCUAAUAAAUUAGGGUGCCUUCUUCUGCUUUUUCUUUAGUGCCCUAGUGUAAAUCCUUUCUGUUUUGCCUUGUGUUUUGAAGUCCAGAAGUCCACUUUGCAGUGCUCCGUUGUUGGGGAACACAACUGUUCAGGUCAGAAAUUUCAUUGUUUGAUUUGCCAUAGACAUUCACUGUAAUGUUUGUUAUGUGCCCCUUUUUGAAGCAUGAACUUUGAGUUAAGUUUUCAUAAAUCUAAUUCGACAGACCUCUAGAUUCUGGAUUAACAACAGUUUUCUGUUGCCUCUUCAUCCCCAUUCUGACAGCGCUUUUGACAUUUAUACAGAAGGCUUUAAAAGUUAGUUCAUGCCGUCUGUUUUUAUUCUUACAACUGCUAAGAUACCUCUGUGAGCCUUAUCCUUUAUUCUUUCGUAAGCUGUAUAAUAAGUGUAUAGAACUCACUGACCAACUAAAAUGUUGGGUAUCUGUAAAUGAGACCAAAAUGUGGGUUGCUUUUUUUUUUUUCAUAAAAUAAUUUCUAUUGGGGGUUACUGUUAAAUGAACAGCAGCUAACCUAUAACUGUGAAUGCUUCGUGUCGUCAGUAUUUGCAUUACAUUCAUAAAAGUGUGCAAGUCCUGUGACUCCCAGCUUAACUAAAAUACUGUUAUGCCACCUAACUUGAGUACAGCAUACUGGUUUUAGGUUUUAAUGGAAUCGGUGUAAAAUGAUAUCCCAUAAAUAAAAAAGUAUUUGUGUUUGAUUUCAGAA